CUAUACUAUUGGUAAAUAAAAAAGCAUAACUAGUAAACGUUUCUAAACUUCAUUUUUUUCCCCUCCCCAAAUCUCUUGUAUUUAUCACUAAAGAUAUGCAGAUGAAGUGAAACAAGUUGAUUAGCAGCUAUGUCUGAAGGUGGUAUAUCAUGUGCUGUUUGUGGAGUCCAUUUCAACUCACAGAGAGAUUACUUUGGUCACUGUCAAGGCAAAAAACACAAGUCUAAUGAAAACCUGGCCAAUUUGCAAGAGGCUGCUCAAAGGACAGUUUUUGUUAAAGGAUUUAAUGGAUACAAUCCCGAUUGUAAGAAUGUCUUGGGACUCUACUUCUCUGUGUUUGGUCCAGUGACAAAAAUCAAAGUGAACAACAAAUCUGGUGGUUCCAUUGCUAAUGUUGAGUUUCAAGAUCUGCCCUCUGUUGCGAAGUGCCUCAGCGUCAGGCACCAUUGCCUCCAGGGUUCACCACUCUUCGUAAAGCAGUAUGUCUUUCACUUGCCAAAGCAUGAGCAGAUGCGGAUGAUACAUUUACAGAAUGAGAAGGAAGAAGAGCAAAAGAGACAAAAUAUUCAUUCAGCGGUGAUGAAGUCGUUGAUGUCUGCAUGCAAUUUGACUGACCAAAUUAACCAAAUGACAGAGAUGUUAAAGUUGACAGAGGAUGAUGAAAAAGUUAGAGCCUUGAUUUGUGAUGAUAUGACCGUAUUAUUUAACAGAUACUUUGAAAGCUGCUCUGUCCAUCAGUUUGGAUCUUCUAUUAACAGAUUCGGAACGAAAGGCUGUGACCUUGACCUCUUUUUGUAUUUGAGAAGUGAUUUGCCUUAUUAUAAGAAACCCAGAGUACAGUUACCUUUUCACAAGGACAUAAAAACUCUAAAAUUUGAUUAUGGCCCCUUAUCAACUGAACAGUUGUCAACAAUGGAUUUAUAUGAUCAGAUAAAGCUGGUGGCCAAAAUUCUUGAAAAUCGUAAAAAGUGGUAUACAGAUAUUAUUACCAUUCCAAGUCACAGAUGCCCUGUCAUCAAAUUUACUCAUCAUUCAUCAGGCAUUAAAGGUGAUUUGUCAUUAAAUAACAGAAAAGCUCUGUACAACAGCCUCUUGUUGCGCUUGUAUGGAUCCGAUCCACGUAUUCAAAAACUGGUCCAUGUAGUUCGCCUGUGGGCUAAGGCGCAUGAGCUCACCGGAGGAGUUGGUAAAUUCCAAGUGCUGACUAGCUACGCCCUGACAUUGAUGAUUUUGUUCAGUGUGAUGAAGAGAGAGCCAAAAGUUAUUCCACUAGUGUGUGAGGUGGACGGCUCUGUGAAAGGUGCAUAUAGAGAAAAAGUGGAAAACUGGGAUUGCAUUGUUGUUCCCUCAGAUGCCGUUCUACCUGCGACUGAUAAUAAAGAAACAGUUGUGGAUCUGUUGAAAGGCUUUUUCCAGUUCUUCUCCGCUUCAGUCAAUUGGGACACUGAUGUGUUGAUGAUGUGGGACAGCUCCAUUGCCAGUCGAGCCACUAUAUCACAGGAUCCAUUCUUUACUUCAACUAAGGCUGGCUGUAUGAUGCUGAUAGAUCCCUUUGUUCUCACUCACAAUGUACUUGGCAAUGUGAAUGAAAAGACAAGAGCUAAAUUCAUUCAGGAAGUAAAGAGAGCAGCAGAGAUAAUGUCCCCCUGGCCCUCCAGUGGUGAACUUCAGCCUUCCUCUGAAAUUUGGGGAAUAGCAGAAUUAUUAACAGUUAUUCCAGAACCUCCUAAUAGUCCAGAUAAAAGUAAAGGCCAAGUAAACAGCCAGAAAAAAACAACUGACCAACAUGCGACCAAAAUUGAAGGUGAGCAGGACAAUGGAGAUUUCUGUAUCCCUAUUCAACCUUCGCCGGACACAAUGGCCAGCUUGCAAUUAAAAUCUCAAACUGAGAAGAAUCAGCAGAGCAUAGCACUACAGUGGUGUGAUCUAGCUCACACAAUGGCUCUGAACAUUCUGAGUAAAGUUUUCUUGGCAUCCAUCACAUCUCUUGAUGAGCCAGACAAAAAUGUCUGCAUCUCUGAUGUUAAAACUGCUGGGGAUUCAGUGACUCAGACGAUAGAAUCAAUCUCACCAUCGAUAGAUUCUAUGACCCUCUCAAAUAAUGCCAGCAUCGCUGAUGUUAAGACUGCUGGGGAUUCAGUGACUCAGACAAUAGAAUCAAUCUCACCAUCGAUAGAUUCUAUGACCCUCUCAAAUGACUCUCCCUUAUCGGAGAGAAACUGUCAGUCUACCUUGGGAAUGUCCUCCUGCAAGAGAAGCAGCGAUGAGGCAAAGCUGGACCAGUUGAUCAGUCGCGAGUCCUUACAUUCCUCAGACCUUUGCAGAGAGAACAUGGUUGAGAACCCCAUGAAAAGAUUCUGUGAGGGAAUCUGUGAAAAUUCCAUCAGUGCAGAGCAGAUGUUACCUGAGCCCUCUGAAGAUUGCUCACCAAAAUCUGAAAACAUUGUGGUAACGAGACAGAAUCAACUGCUAAAUUCUGAUGCAGAUGCCAACUGUGAUUUGUUGUCUGGAGACCAGCCUCUUUCUAAAAACAAAAUUUCUUCAUAUCGGUGUCAGUGUAAAUACAAAUUGUGGAUAGGGAGAAGUAAAUUGAAGAAAAAUCGCCUCAGUAAAUGCAGCUUAGAGUUUGAGACACAAAUAAGUCAGUUACUUAUUCAACAAAUGGAGAAACUUCUUCAAAAAGCACAGCAGCUUCAGAUCAUGCAGAAUGAGUCAGACUCCAGUCAAAAAUCUCCCUCAGUUCCUGGCAGCAGUCAACAAUCUCCCACGAAUCCUGACAGAGGUCAACAAUCUGCCUCGAUUCCUGAUAGCAGUCAACAAUCUCCCGCGAUUCCUGGCAGCAUUCAACACUCUGCUUCGAUUCCUGGCAGCAGUCAGCAACCUCAUCCCUGUUCUAGCAGCGGUGGCAAAUCAGCUCAGAAAGAUGCUCCACCUAAAUCUAGCAGUAAAGCUGGAUCAGUUCGGAAAACUGCUGAACCCAAAGAUGAAGAAGUUGAGUUUACUUGUGAAAUUAAGUACAUGAAGACUGAUACUAUGUUGCCUUAUAUUCUGAUUAAACUCAGACCUACUCCAGUAUGUCUCAAUAACUUCAAAAACUUUUACUACUCUUUCCGCUCCAUGGCCUCAAAACUUAUUGUUUCACAAACUGACUUUUAAUUUUUUUUUUGAUUUGUAAAAAGUCCAGAUAAUUAUAUAUAGUUAUUAUUAUAUUAUUAUUAUAGUUAUUAUAAGUAACUAAUUGUUUUAAAAAAAUUUAGACCAUUUUACAAUGGUCAUCAACAUGAAAUAAGCUAGUCAUAGCUGCACUUUUAACUUUUUAUAGUAAUUAAAUAUAUUGCAUAAAUUGAUUAUUUUGUAAUUAAAGUUGCUCAUU